CUUCUUUCAGCACACUUGCAUGCUCAUGCUUCACCCCAUGUGGGAAAAUCUUCGUUAUUCAACACGCAUUCUGGUAUCAAUUUCAUUGCAACAUCGAGCUGAAAAGAUGCUUGGGAAUGGUAGUGACUAGUAUCAGAUGGGAAACAACUGUGUUGGAUCGAGAACAACCUCUUCAAAGGAUGGAGCUACUUUUCAAAGUUCAUUCUGGUGGUCAAGGAAAACGAAGAAAGAGGUUUCUCAUGCACAUAGAGGUGUAACUGUGAGCAAAAGUUCAAAUGCUAUAGAUUCUGUUCAACACAAGCCUCCGCAGGUAGUGAGAAUUGACAAGGAGGAUGUGAAGUCACCUCAACCCAUGGAGACAAAAUCAUCUUCAGAACCAACAACUACACGAAAGGAAGAAGAGGUUAGGGCAAAGAGGCCCCACAAUGUGAAGAGGCUAACAAGUGCAGGGCUUAAAGCAGAUUCUGUUCUGCAGAGAAAAACUGGUAAUCUUAAGGAGUUUUAUAGUUUGGGGAAGAAGCUUGGACAAGGGCAAUUUGGAAUUACGUUCCUUUGUGUGGAGAAAGCCACUGGGAAAGAGUAUGCUUGCAAGUCCAUCUUGAAGAGAAAACUGCUGACAGAUGAAGAUGUGGAGGAUGUGAGGAGGGAGAUUCAGAUAAUGCAUCACUUGGUAGGGAGUCCCAAUGUGAUAUCGAUUAAAGAGGCUUAUGAGGAUGCUGUUUCUGUUCAUGUUGUUAUGGAAUUGUGUGCAGGGGGUGAACUAUUUGAUAGGAUUGUGGAAAGAGGGCAUUACACAGAAAGAAAAGCAGCUAAACUUUCAAGGACUAUAGUUGGUGUUAUUGAGUCUUGCCACUCCCUUGGAGUAAUGCAUCGUGAUCUUAAGCCUGAGAAUUUUCUAUUUGUCAAUGAGCAGGAAGAUUCCCCCCUUAAGGCAAUAGAUUUUGGACUCUCUGCUUUUUUCAAACCAGGUGACAUUUUCAAUGACGUGGUAGGAAGUCCUUAUUAUGUUGCACCUGAAGUUCUACGCAAGCGUUAUGGUCAAGAAUCAGAUGUGUGGAGUGCUGGUGUUAUCUUAUACAUUCUCUUAUGUGGGGUGCCUCCAUUUUGGGGUGAAUCGGAGCAAGAGAUAUUUGAGGCAAUUUUGCAUAGUGAUCUUGAUUUCUCAUCAGAUCCCUGGCCUAAAAUCUCUGAAACUGCAAAAGACUUGGUUAAGAAAAUGCUUGUCAGAGAUCCUAGUAAACGAAUAACAGCUUAUGAAGUUCUUCGUCACCCUUGGAUUCAGGUUGAUGGAGCAGCUCCAGACAAGCCUCUUGAUUCUGCAGUUUUGAGUCGCCUGAAGCAGUUUUCUGCAAUGAACAAGCUCAAGAAAAUGGCUCUUAGAGUUAUUGCGGAGAAUCUCUCUGAAGAAGAAAUUGCUGGAUUGAAAGAAAUGUUUAAGACAAUUGACACAGACAAUAGUGGUCAAAUUACUUUUGAAGAACUCAAGGUUGGAAUGAAAAGAUUUGGUGCUAAUCUCAGUGAAUCUGAAAUUUAUGAUCUAAUGCAAGCUGCAGAUGUUGAUAACAGUGGCACAAUUGACUAUGGAGAAUUCAUAGCAGCAACAUUGCAUUUAAACAAAGUUGAUAGGGAAGAUCAUUUAGUUGCAGCUUUCUCAUAUUUUGAUAAAGAUGGAAGCGGCUACAUCACUCAAGAUGAGCUUCAACAAGCUUGUGAAGAAUUUGGCAUAGAGGAUGUUCGCUUGGAGGAAAUGAUGCGAGAAGCUGAUCAAGAUAAUGAUGGAAGAAUAGACUACAAUGAAUUUGUGGCUAUGAUGCAAAGAGGCAAUGCAGAUUUGGGUAAGAGGGGUCGAAAGGCUAGCAGUAGUUUUAGACUUGGGUUUAGGGAGGCACUACCGGUAUGUUAA